AUGCCAUAUGGGUUGAGUGAUCCAGCUGCUCACAGCAUGCACUUAGAUGGUCCAGGGUUUACUGUCACUGAUCUGCUAAAGACAGCUGAUGUAAAGAUCACAGUGUUUUUUGAGAAGAUGAGAAAUAUACGUGACAACUUUGAUCUCAGUCAAACGGUACAGCAUCAGUUAGUUAAUUUGGAAAAAAGAUACUGCAUCGUCAUGGCAAUAUUCCACAAAUUUGAAAGAUUAUUUAAAGAAGUUUUCAGGGAAGAAACACAUAUCGAUGCUCAGGAGUAAGUUACCGGAGAACUGCUUGUUUCUUAUGUGUUACAUAUCAUGCCAUCAUGGGUAAGAGUUGUCGUGUGUACAGCCGAGUUCACAAGAUUGAAUUUACCACACUGACUCCUCAUAUUCGACAAGUGGGGUGAAAAUGGGAC